CGUAAUUUGGCGUUGUUAGGUUGUCAAUGGCUCAGAAUGAAGGUGGAUACUGUUGCAGCUGUGAUGAUGGGUUACCACUGCAGGUGAAAAUGAAAACAUCGUUACUUGGCGACGCGAGGGGACAGUUUGCGCAUCGCUGUCUUGGACAUAAGUGAGCAAGUGUGUGUGUGCGUGCGUGCUUAGUUUGCAGGAAUGUGUGUCAGUGUGUGUAGAUUAUGAGAAGAGCAUUGUGACCAGCCGGGAGCAGAUUUUUGCUGCAAUGACCCGUUCAAGCACCGAUUUCUGUCCCGUCCUCUGGCCUUCGGUUCCUCACAGCCCAGACAUGCACCACCUCGGCAUCUUUUGACUUCAUGAAGAUUCCUGACAUCGGUAAUGUGAUGAAUAAAUUUGAGGUCCUUGGGAUUGUAGGAGAGGGAGCCUAUGGGGUGGUCCUGAAAUGCAGACACAAGGAGACAAAAGAGCUUGUGGCCAUUAAGAAGUUCAAGGACAGCGAAGAGAAUGAGGAAGUUAAAGAGACAACGUUACGAGAGCUCAAGAUGCUCCGUACGCUGAAGCAGGACAACAUAGUAGAACUGAAAGAGGCUUUCCGUCGACGGGGAAAACUCUAUCUAGUGUUUGAAUAUGUGGAGAAGAAUAUGCUGGAGUUGUUGGAGGAAUUGCCUAAUGGUGCACCGCCGGAUAAAGUACGGAGCUACAUCUUUCAGCUGAUCAAAGCUAUUCACUGGUGCCACAAAAAUGAGAUCGUUCACAGGGAUAUCAAGCCUGAAAAUCUUCUCAUCAGCUCCAAUGAUAUCCUAAAGCUGUGUGAUUUUGGCUUUGCCCGCAAUCUCUCUGAAGGGAGCGAUGCUAACUACACAGAAUAUGUGGCGACCAGGUGGUACCGCUCACCUGAACUGCUCCUUGGAGCUCCAUAUGGGAAGGCAGUGGACAUGUGGUCGGUGGGGUGUAUUUUGGGAGAACUGAGUGAUGGGCAGCCCCUGUUUCCAGGCGAGAGUGAAAUCGACCAGCUCUUCACCAUUCAGAAGGUGUUGGGCCCCUUACCACCAGAGCAGAUGAAGUUGUUUUACAACAACCCUCGUUUCGCUGGACUAAGAUUUCCUUCUGUGAGUCAUCCUCAGACGCUUGAUCGAAGGUACCUGGGCAUCAUCAAUGGACUCAUGUUGGAUCUAAUGAAGAACCUGCUGUGCCUGAACCCCACCGAACGCUUUCUGACAGAACAGUGUCUGAACCACCCAGUGUUUCAAGGCCUUAGAGGGCCAGAGCGGCCAGCUGCCCCGUCGCCCACACCACCUCGCUCCUCGAAGAGAAAACCAUACCAUGGAGACAACACCAUACCCAGCCGGAGCCAUGGCAGUAAGAGUUCAGGUCACCGGCGUGCUAACAGCAAGGACUGCUCGUCUCUACCACGCCAUGAGGACCUCCAUAGGAGCACCGACAGCUUCCUCAACGGCAGCAACAUGCCAACCUCAUCCACCUUGAGUCCGACGCUACAUCCCAAGAGCUACCAGGCCCAGACACUGAGCCGCUCGGCCUCAUCCAGCAAAGACCUGGCCAACAAUAACCUUCCCCACCUCCUCAGCCCCAAAGACGCUAAAGGAAAGACAGAGUUUGAUUUCAACCUGGGGUCUAAAGCUGGAGUUGCCACUGUAGGAGACACCUCUACCGGCAAGUACCUCAAGUCGUCCAAACAAGGCCGCCACUCGUCCUUCCUGGAAGGGAAGACCAGCACGCUGCAGUCUGGGGACAAACACAGCCGGCAUAACUACAUGGAGUCCUCGCAUGGAUCCAUGCCUUCCACAUCCUCCUCCAAAAGCUCCUCGUCCUUCCUCAGCCUGUCCAAGAGCCACGGAGCGCUGAACGAUGCCAAGUCCGUGAGCAAUCUGGCGGAGACACGACUCCACCUGGACGAUCCCAUGGUGGGAUCAGGCUCAGGCUCACGCUACUUCCCGUCCAGCUGUCUGGAUCUAAACGCGGCUCCUGGGAGUCCCAGAGGAGAACGGCACACUGGGACGGAGAGGCAGGGUCAUAGCCCCAGCGGUCGGGGAAACGCGCGUCUAGAAGGGGGCACUCUGGACUCGCGCCGUUCUUCGGGGCGGAAAAAGACUCCGGAUGAACCGAAGGCUACCGACACGCUAGACCCCAGCAGGGCCGCGGGAGCAGGGGCCAGCCACGUUCACAACCUGCCCUCCCCCCACGAGUCCUAUCCUUACGGUCUCGGCUACACCAGCCCGUUUUCCUCACAGCAGCGGCCUCAUCGGCACUCCAUGUACGUGCGGAGAGAGCGACACCGGCCGCACGGCCAGGAGGCGAAUUUGGUGGUCGGGCAGGGAGUGCCAACACGUGCCAGCAGCCUACAACUCCUCUCUCCGCAGCUCCAGCAUCGCACACUCCCACGCCACAACACCAGUUCCUCUCGAGAAGAACUCACGCAAGAUCUGAGCAGGAAUGACCAGUCUCCCAAAGAGAAGCCUCAUUCUCGACCCCCGAUUAAAGAUUCUACGAGGGACAACACAGCUUCCUUCCACUCACAACGCCCAAAAAACGAGGCUGGGAUGUACCAUGACACUCAUAUGGAGGAUGGAACCUCGUCCAAGGAAAACAGAAUGAUCUACAGUGACUCCAUGCCUCGAAGAGUGGGAAGCUUUUACAGAGUCCCUUCUCCUCGACCUGACAACUCGUUUCACGACAGUGCCGGACAGAGUAGGGUGCCAGCGGUGGCGGCCGAAAGCACAGCCAUGGCAAACCACCCCAAACGUCAGACCAAUUUCGACCCCUGGAAUAAUUCAGAGGCCAUGGUCAUGAACCCACCAGAGGUCCCUAAACAAAAAGAAAAACAAGGUUUCUUUAGAGCCAUAAAGAAGAAAAAGAAGAAGUCCCAGCCGACGGACGGCAACGCGGGAAGGAACCCGAGCAUCAAGAAAAGCCUUUUCCCCCUCUUUAACUCAAAGAAUAGCUUAAAGCAUAACUCUUCUGUCAAAGUGCUCCCUGUUGUCCCGCAGCCCAUGGUUCCUAGCGAGGCCCAGCAAGAACAGCUAGUGAUACAAAGACCAGUCAAAUCCUCGUCUCAUCACAGCAGUCGACACCGUAACCGAGACCGUGACCGGGAACGAGACCUGGAAAGGGACAGGGAGCGUGACAGGGAUCGAAACCGCGAGAGGGAUCGCGAUCGUGACAGGGAUAACACUUGGCCACCAGAAAAGCAGACAGAUGUGCAGCCUCAGAACCAGCCUCUGAAGUCCCUGCGGAAGCUCCUACACCUCUCCUCUCCGGCUACGUCCAAUCAGCCCCCUCCUCCCGAUCGCUCGGCAGAACUGCGCUUCCAGCCUCUCCCUAACCCCCCUUCCAAAGGAAACCUGAACGAGGCCAGAGGGCUCCCGCCGGGCAGCGUCACCCCCAACACCAAGAGCCGCAAACCCCACAACUACCCUCUGCCAGGGCAGAUCGAGUCCAGCUGGCACAUUUCCGCACUGACUCGGGCCGAGGGCGCACCGUACCCAGACCAAAUGGCAAACAAAGGUGGGCAGAACGGUAUCGGCUUUACCAGAGCCGCCCGCGCGAGAAUGCCGAACCUCAACGAUCUGAAAGAAACGGCUCUUUAGAGGAGGAAGGCCCACUAGUGGCCACUAGUGUACUCGGUUUCUCCUUUUCCUUCCUGGCUACCUAUGGAAUGCUAUUGUUCAUACAGUGGUACACAAUGCCACUUCUGGCCAGAAGGUGGCAAUAGUUAUGUCUCAGAUUUGUUUUUUAAAGCAUCCACAUUUGAUAGAAUUUGUAUUCUUGUUCAUUACAUCUGGGUUCAGUUUUCUGUUGAAUAUAUCUUAUUGACGAUGAUAUGAAUCUAUGUAUUUGUAUAUGGAAACUUAGGGAUGGGGAACAACAACAACAACAACAACAACAACAACAAAAUCUGUGGAAUUGUAAGAGCUUUAGUUUAUACACAAGAGAAUGUAUAAAUAUUUAAUGUGUAAUAAUUCUAUAUUUCAUGGAGAUUAUUUAAUGAAUAAUUGGUGUGUUAAUAGUUACGAUGUACAGAGUGCAUUUUAUGGUUGUAACAAAAGUACUUAUUGUUUCUGAAUUAUUUUCCUCUCUUGUUUUCUGAUAUGAAUUCUCAGUGCAGACUAGGUCUAUAUUCCAAACUGUCUCAUACUGCAGGUUAUCGAAUCAUCGCUAUUUAAAACAUACAACGGCAUAUCAGCAGCUACUGAUGCUUCCUAACCAGGUUCUGUGUUACUUUUCAUGCGAGACCAUUAAAUCCACGUCCCAUGAUGGCUAUUUGUCUCACUUUACCCGUAGCCCGCGUCUUGCAGUGUUUCUCCACUUCCCAUGAGCUUGGCAUUCAAAAGCUCACACAUGGGAUCAGAUAGAGUUCGUUAGAGCCCAGAUCCCCGAAGAGCUGGAUUUCCUGUGAAUAAUGAAUUUGAGCUGAGGGCCCCGGGGGCCUCACCGUGUCUCCCUCUGCGAUCUAAACCCCACCAGCUGGUGAAUGAGUGUGACUUUGCCUUUGGCACAAGCGACGGUUUACAAGGUUGUGCGAGUUAAGUCUGUAUCUCCAUCCCGACGUGAAUCGGUUGCACGUGCGCAUGAUUCUUUUUACAAACUGAAUAACCGGCGGGGUUUAUUUUAAUCAGUUUAACGGCAUGUUUUUGAAGAGAUAAAAGCAUUGCCUCGGGACCUGGUAAAAGGGAUUCAAAGACGUAAUGCAGUUACUGAUCUGUUAGCGGGGAGGUCAGGUGGGAGAAGGCCUCUGAAAUGCGACGCAUUUUCAUUCAGGCUUUCGGUGUUUGCUUUAGAUUUCGUUAUAUUAUACCAAUAUGGAUUGAAAUGAGAAGGGUAUAAAAUAUGCAAAAUAGCUAUAUUACGAAUUCCAGGCAUUUGAAUACCAAUGCAAACAGAGCAAUAUAUCAUGACUUUGAGGUCAAUUUAUCAUCCUUAGAGUCGCUUCGGAGCAUUACAUUUUUCUUCAUUCACACUGAUUAUCACGACAGGCACUUUGCUUAACAACUGAAGUUUCUCACUAAACCCCCCCUCAAAGAUAGUGACACAGCAUUUUCAUUAUAGUGAAAUGUCUCCUUGAAUAUUUUUCCAGAAUUUCUUUUUUUUUUUUUUUUUUUAAUUAGUAUUGUUUUUCAAUGGUGCACUUUAAACAGACAUUUCACUGGUGUUUGUGUUGAUAUGGUGUUUGAUUAAAACAGAACUUUGUAUCUAUUUAAUCUUCUACCUUACCUACCUACAGUAUAUGAGCUCCGUCUUUCACAGGACUGGAUUUGAAACCUUUGAAUUUGAUUUGAAACAGUAUUUCUGACAUUUACAUCACGCCUUUUCUUUCUUUAUUUUUUUUUUAUCUGAUCUCAUUUCUGUCUUUGAUUCUCAUGUCUCAGUGCUAUUUCAAUAUGUUAUUCAUAAUGAAGUUAAUUUCCAGUAACAUCUAUAUUCCAUACAUCUUACUUUUAAACGUUUUCUUGGUUAAACUGCCAUGCAAUAACAAACUGUUGAUUUUUGUCUUUUAGGAAGAGAUAAGAGUUGACUGAAGUUUAAAAGUCUGUUUCUGGAACCUUUUUGUUUUUUUGUUGCAUAUUUUCAGGUUAAUAUUAGUGACAUGAAACACAGUAAUGAGGUCUGCCUGUUUGAAAGGCAGAGUAUAAUAAUGUGAUUCCAUCACUCCUGGACUAACACCUUGUCCAUAAACGCUCUGACAUCCUUUAAUCUGCAGUACAUUGGCACAGCCUGUCUCUGUGGUGCCAGGUAAUCCUCCCAUCAGCCAGCUGUUAGGACUGCCAAGAUAAAUAGUUUGGCUGUCGCCAGCUGUGUUGAGGUCGUCUGUGAGUGGUAAUCUAUGACCAGCCUUGUUAACCUGCUACAAAACCUACAUCUGCAGCAUUUAGUACCUCUCUGAUUCUGGUUUACUAAGCCCCAUUCUUUUAUCUUUAAUGUUAUGAUUGAAAUCACGGAAUAAUGCUAGCAAAACAUCUGAGAGAGUUCUACCAGUUCCCUAAAAUACAAACCUAACCCCCGAAGGGCUGCAUCUACCAACAUUUCGGUCACAAAAAAGCCUGAGAGUCGUGUAAUAUAGAGUGAAUAGACCACACUGUUUUAAAGUUUGGGGUCAGUUUUUUUUUUUUGUUUGUUUUUGAAGAAACAUAAAUUAAUGUGUUAUUUAGCAAGGAAGCAAAUGAUAUUUUCAGUGUUACAAAGGUUUUCUGUUUCAAAUAAAUUUGAUGUAAGUAUCCUGAAAAAUAAACAUUUUAAACAUUGAUCAAAUAAUGUUAAUAAUAUGUUUCUUAAUCACUACAUCAUUAAAUUAGAAAUAUUUUCUAAAGGAUAUUGCAACAGUGAAGAUUGAACUAAUGACUGUUAUAAAUUUAACUUUAUUAUCACAUGAACACUUUUUUUUUUUUUUUAACGUAUAAAUAAAACUGUUAUAUUACAUGUCACAAUAUAACAGUUUUUACUCCAAACUUUUGAACAGUAAAAUAGCUGAAGCUAUUGUCUGUGUAUAUUCUCUUUUAAAUUAAUACAAGAUGACGAUGUUGUAGCCAUUUGGAUUUUUAAAAAACGACAAAUUGUGUCCAAAUUUACUUCUGUUCACCGUAUAUAUAUAGACUGAAUGAGCUGCCUUAAAUGUUCGUUGAAGGAUAUUCUGAAGGUGAUUUAGAGUGCUUUUUGGUUCACUGCCAUAUUGAAGUAUACCUGCAGGUACUGACAACUCAUCUGUCAUGGUUUAAUAGCCAUAGACAGCUUGUCUUAUAUUGGCUUGUAGCAUCUAUCAUCCAAAGAGGAUGCCUGUUAGCUUUCAAGUGUCGGAGCUGUUGAAUGCAGGGAUAUAUACAUUCAGGUUCAUCCCCAGAAGUGCACAGAAUAGAUGAAAUAUAUUGGACAUCUUUACUGAUUCUUAUUUGUUCAUUUUCUAUGUUGUGGCAAUGACUAGAAGCUGUGUCCUCUUAGAAUGUAAUGUUUAACUCUCUUGUUUUUUUUUGUUCGGUUCACCAUUGGACAAAUGUUUAUAUAUGCGUAAGAAUGUAAGUCUUUAGCUCAAAUAAAGCCCAGUGGUCAGCUGCAUCUUUCAUGGUUACCUACAACAGGUCUCUCUUUUCUACCUUAGACAUUUCAUAAUGUUUAUUCCACCUUUAAAAAUGUAUUGAAAUUGCUGCCACUUUUCUGUUUAAAGCAGUUGACGUGCCAACUAAAGCCAUUGUGAAGUCAUACAAGGUCAAAGGUUUACAAUCUAUCAGGAACAAGGGUUUAUUCUGCCAGAUGAGCAUCUGUCCUAUGAAUUCAGAGUCAUAUCUGUCAUUCCCUUUUUAUAGCGGGCUGACUUUUGAGUCUGGCAUAGAAUGUACUUAGACAUGUUUUUGUUUUCGUUUAUAUGUUAAGACUGUUCCUAUUAGAUGUAGAACUGUUUGAAUCCUGUUUGCUGAAUUGAGAGUAUGCUUCAUCUCUAAAUGUUGUCCUUAACCCUUAUGCUUGUUCUCAAAAGUCCAACCGGUCAGGAUGUGACUUCCAUUUAGACAACAGCCGUCAUUUUGGUUACAUCUUUAAGUCCACACAGAAUCUGCAAAUUUCUUCACAUCCCUCGACACUCUCAUGUCCUUUUGUGACACAUUUUGAAUUACAAUUAAGAGUCUGGUAUUCUUUGUUUUAUUUAUAACGCAUUUUCAAAUUUAUUUCUAAAGUGCAGAUUCUGUCUGGGCCUUCAUCUGUCCAAUUAAUUGAGUCUGUAAGCUGAAAGUUAUUUGCUUUAUAACUUUAUUCACCAGUGCACAACAUCCUAUCUCAAACGUAAUCGGCACCACUCACUCAGCACUUUGUCUAUGUCUUUUGUGAAGACUGUUUGUCUGUGUGUUCUCUUUAGGGUGCAAGUGGAAAACGGCGCCCUAACGUUUAAUUUAAGUCCAGGCAUGUCUGACUCCAACAGCAUUUAUAAUGUAUAUUCUGCUGUAAUUAAUAACAAUUAAAACGAUGUCUACCCAA